UUGUUAUCCAUUAAUCCGAAGCCAAUCCCAGAGACGACGGACGCAGUGCUCAAAGAGGAGGAAUCGGUGCUGAAGAUUAAGCACCGAAUUGAGGGCCAGAAUAUAUUCCAUGGUUCGGGUCCUGAUCUCGAAGAGCUGCAAAUGCUUACGUAUACACCGAAACACGUGUGGAAGAAACGACCACUCAAGAGAACGAUUCCCAUUCCUCCGCAUCCAAGACCUGGCAUUUAGACAUUUGUUAGGCUUUAGAUUACAAUACAAUUCAUUAGUACCGCAAGAAUCCAUGUUUUUACCAAAUUCUUA